ACUCAUCGAAUUCAUCAUGUCCAUUCUGUUUGUUUGUGUGGGUGUUGCACAUUCUAAAUUGCUAUUCUGGUAAAGCAAAUUUAAAAUAGACUAAACAUUACUGUAAUAAAUAUAAAACAUAAUCUAAAUUACUCUGUAUAAAGCAAGACCUUUGUUCAGCCAGCCAGUCAUUUGCAAAACUAUCUGUCAAAAUUAUCUUUAUUGUCUGCGCAUUUCUCAGAAAUGUUGGAAAAUCGAAAGUUAGCACAAAACUGGUUAAUGACCCUAGUGGACUUUUUAUGGGACUUUGUUAAUGUGCAGCAAAAUACAGGCUGUCAUGUCUUAUAGACACACCGGUUUGGCUCUUCUCGUGAACACAAAACCAGGAAACUAGUGCGGUGAGUGUGCUGUCGAACUGUCUUUCUACAUCUAAAUGUACUGAAAUGGCAGAAGCUAAUAUUUCAGUGAGCCGGGAACAGUUCAGCUGUCCAGUCUGUCUAGAUCUACUGAACGAUCCAGUGACCAUCCCCUGUGGACACAGUUAUUGUAUGAACUGUAUUACACGCCAUUGGGAUGAAAAUUCUUUUGGGAGCGUUUACAGCUGUCCUCAGUGCAGACAGAUCUUUACUCCGAGACCAGUUUUAGCGAAGAAUGUGAUGGUUGCUGAAUUGGUAGAGACACUGAGGAGGACAGGACCCCAGGCUGCUCCCCAGACUGCUCAAGUUUCUCACUGUGACGCUGGACCUGGAGAUGUGGAGUGUGAUGUCUGUACUGGCAGAAAAUACAAAGCCAUCAAAUCCUGUCUGGUGUGCCUGAACUCUUUCUGUCCAAUUCACUUUCAACAACAUGAGAAUCUCUUUGAAGAUGAGAGACACUAUUUUAUAGAUGCUACUGAUCAACUCCAGGAGAUGAUCUGUCCAAUACACAAUGAGCUUUUGGAGAUUUUUUGUCAUACUGACCAGAUGAGUAUUUGUAUGCUGUGUACGAUGGAUAUCCACAAAAACCAUGAUGUGUCACCAGGAGCAGAGAGAAUGAAUCAGAGUUCUUCAUCUCUCUCUGUUCCUCAUGAACAUACUAACCUUUUCAGCUUUGAUGCCAGUACUCAUCCUUCUAAUUAUGCGAGAAAAUCUUUCUCUAAAAAACUAAAGAAAAAAAUGGAUGAUUUCCUUACUUCAGAUGUAGUGGUUGUGUCUGGUUUGGUAAUGCUUUACAAAUAUCCUACCGAUGCACCCAGGAACAGGAAUGAGAUCCUACAAUAUUCACAAGAGCUCUCAAUGGAUUCAAACACAAUGAAUGAAGUACUUCUACUGUCUGGGGGGAACAGAGUGGCUACUAACACUGGCAGAGUCCAGCGAUAUCCCAAUCAUCCAGAGAGAUUUGAUUGUUGGCCUCAGGUGUUGUGCAGAGAGAGCGUGUGUGGACGUGCCUACUGGGAGAUUGAGUGGAGUGGGAGUGCUGGCGUGGGUAUAUCGUUGUCCUAUAGUAGCAUCUGCAGGAAGGGAAGGGGUGAUGAGUGUAAAUUUGGAUGCAAUGAUCAGUCUAUGAAUUUGUACUGCUCUCCUUCCAAAUACAUAUUCUGGGACAAUAACAAAAAGACUAAACUCUACGUAAACACUUCUAAAUUAAAGUCUUCUAGAUUAGGAGUGUAUGUUGAUUACAGUGCUGGAAUUGUGAACUACUUCAGCAUCUCUGACAAAAUGAAACUCAUCUACAUAGUCCAGGGCACAUUCACGCAGCCAAUCUAUCCUGGGUUUAUGGUUUAUUUUGGAUCAGCAGUGAAACUGUGUGAUCCAGCAGUGAACUGUAGAUGAUACUGAGAUGUAAUUUCUUAUUUUUCUGUCAAUAAAUGUACACUAGUUAAGUACCAUUAAUAACCACUGUACUGUAAUAAUGUAUUGCAAUAAGUUCAGUGAAAAGUUGAUUUUUAUAAUAUCCAUAUAUAAUAUAUAUUUUUUUUAAAUCCAGCAUAAACUAGCAUAAAUUGGUCAAGGCUGGUUUUUGCUGGUUAAAGCUGGUAUAGUGUUCUAGCUGGUGGAUCAGUAAUGCUGUUCUCAAGCAUAACUGAGCUGGUGUAGCUGAACCAUGUUGGGGACCAAAACAUACCUUAUGCUGGUGAUUAGCAAUGCUGGAAUUAAAAAAAAAAAGAAAAAAGAAAAACAACAAA